UCACACAUGAUGACAUCUGCACAGUUUUUCUUCUGUCUGACAUGUUUGCUGUUAGGGAAAAUGGUUCAGAGGAGUCAUCUGACCCCAUCAAGAUCUUCUCCAUCUGUUACUCAAGACAGUGGUUUUAUAUCAACUAAUAUUGGAGACACGAUAACUUUGCGUUGUUUCUAUAAUCACUCAACGCUGCUUUUCUGGUACAUGCAACCUCUGGGAGAGAAACCAAAGCUCAUUUCUACCUUCUAUGACUAUGGCAUGGUAACCACCUUUCAUGAUAAAUUCAAUAACAAUUCACGCUUCAGUCUUGAUACAAAAAAUGAUAAACAUCACUUGACAAUAUCAGAUCUGACAUAUUCAGAUUCUGCGACUUACUACUGUGCAAUUAGCUCCGAAGCGGUCUUGAUUUUUGGCGACGGUGCUACUGUCAGUGUGAAAGGUUCAGGUUUUAAUCUUCAAGUUUUGGUGCAUCAGUCAGCCCCUCAGAUCAUGCAGACAGGAGACUCGCCCUGGCUCCCUCUGAACUGUGCAGUGCACAGUAUCGCUGUGAAAUGUGAUGGAAAACAAAACAAACACACUCUUUACCGGUUCAAAGACUCAGAGGAUGUACACCCAGCAUACAUUUACGCUCACGGAGAAAAUAAUGAUCAGGGUGAAAGGAAAUCCAACAAAGAGUCACAGUCAUGCGCGUACAACCUGCCGAACAUGAACCUAACUUUGUCUGAUCCUGGGACCAUCUACUGUGCUGUUGCCUCAUGUGGACACAUAUUAUUUGGAAAUAAGACCAAGGUGGACGCCCCACGCGAGGUGGACUCAAUUCUGGUGUAUUUCCUGACUGGAGCGUUGAUUUUCACCACCAUCCUAGUUGUUUUACUGAUUAUCGCAGUGCACCAGAUGAACAAAACAAGUCGUUGCCAAUCUGCAGGUACAGAAAUGAAAACUAUUAAGUCUUUUCCUCUGUUUCCACUGAACAUGUCUUCAAUAACAGACCAUUUUUGUAUUUCACAACCAGACGAAAGAUUUCCAGCCCCCCCCACUGCAGACGUUGGGUGGAAAAACCAAGAUGCAGACAACCCCCAAUAUGCUGCUUUAGAUCUUAACCAAGUCAACAGAUUAAGAAGACAGAAGAGCAGCGCCGAGAGUACUUGUGUUUAUUCCAGUGUGAAGCAGCUGAACUAAAUGUAGAUAUUCAAUCAAGAUAUCUUAGUUUUACAUUCAAGACCAGUGCUCAAGGUACUUAUUUAAUGAUAUCAUGUUUUUAGCUUUCCUUUGGUCCACAGCCAAAAUGUAAAAACUUUUAAAGGUUAGAUAAGGUUUGGAAUUGAAUACAUGUAAGAACCUUUAUUCUCUUUGAAGUGUCAAACAAAGUUUGUAUGUAAAUACUGUUUUCCUUUUUCAGCUAAAAUAUGUUUGAUACAAUAUUACUAUCUUUAAUUACAAAUGUCCUUGUUUUCUGGAUCAGCUGUGCUGCGCAGCUUUAAAAUUCUUGUUGUUUUUUGCACAUUUGCUCUGCUGCACUCCAAGACAAUGUAUUUGGUCUCAUAUACAGCUGCAUCUACAAAUAUUGUGCUCUCAAACUUCUUUGUACUUGAAAACUCUUUCACUCAUGCAUUCAGUUAUGUUCAGUUUAUGCAAAAAGGAUGCUUGCAUCCUUUUAUCUUUUUCCACCUGUGAAAAAAGAACGUAUUAAUGUAAACUACAGUUAUGCAUAUUAAAUGUUGUGACGCAAUUUCAAGUAUGAAUAAUGCAAAGAAAUUAAACUACUUUCA